UUUUCAUUCUUGGCUAUUGGUUAACUAUUCUGGUCCGGAGCCGUCAGACCCGGCAUCUCUCAGGGUUACUGAAAAUGGUCUAGUUAAUUUCCGUCCUCUAAGUGUGAAGGUUUGGUUGUGAAUUCUUUCAUUGUAAGGAACUAUAAACUAAGGUUCAGGUUCUUCUCUACAAGUUUCAGAGAGUGCUUUAAACCUGGAAAAGAAACAGGACCCUAGGCAGUGGGUGUGGAACGGGGAGGAGUCUUCAGAAGAUAAUUGCAGCAAAGAAGAAAAAGGUAGCACGUCCCACAGUGUCGUCUUGUUUUUGUUCUGUUCUCUCAGGAUGGUGGUGACAAAUGAUCAGACACAAAAGCUGGCAGUGCUCUGCCAAAAAGAGGAUCAAAAUGCCCCUCAACAGCAUCACCGGGAGGACAGAGACCGGGAGAAGGGGUGUGCUUAAGAGGAGAGGACUGCGGUGACAAGGCGCCAAGUGCUACGGUCGCAGCUAGGUGCUCCUUCAAGGAUCAGAGUUGGAAGGAUCCCCGAAAGCCGACGCCAGAGCAGCCCACUAGGAUUUUUGUCUGCCUUCGAGUAGCACCGCUUGGAAGUAGACUUCUCUCUGCCCUUGGCGUCCACCCGCCCUGCCAAGGAAACCUGUCGCCCCUGGACUCUGUCUGGAGCAAUGAAGAGGGCGAAUUCUCUUGAAGAGGGCGUUUGAAGGGGCUUCCUGCAAAUCUUUCUUAUCGCUCGUUGUUGGACCAGUUCCUUCCCUGCUUCACCUCAGAAACCUGCUGUGGAAUUGGCCCCCUUUUGGUGUGUGGUGGCUCCUCUUCAAUGUGGACUCCAAAGAAUUUGUCCCUUUACAGUUUGAAAUGAAAUGAUGGCCACACAUUGGACUGGUCUGCCGGAGGGAGAUGGUGACAAACUCAAGGCCUGUGGGGCCGCCUCUGCCUGUGAGGUGUCAAAAAAUAAAGAUGGAAAAGAACAAAGUGAAACCGUGUCACCAUCUGAAGAUGAACUGUUCUCCUGGCCAGGUCCAAAAACAGUUAUGUUGAAGAGAACGUCGCAAGGCUUUGGCUUUACCUUGAGACACUUCAUCGUUUAUCCCCCAGAGUCUGCCAUUCAGUUUUCAUAUAAGGAUGAAGAGAAUGGAAACAGAGGAGACACACAUCAUUCGUGUUGUUCCUGUUUCCCUGGUCAUUUUAUUUGCAUCAAGACAGCACCGCUUUUGAUUGUUUUGGUUUGAGAGGUGGCUUUAUCCUGCAGCGUAUUCUUCCAUUUGUUCACGAUACCUUGCUGGGCUGAGGUGUAAGUAACUUGGUGCUUUGUCUCCGACUCAGCAUUAAACCCACAAACAGGAAA